AUGCGAGAGAUCCUCCACAUCCAAGGCGGCCAAUGCGGAAACCAGAUCGGCGCCAAGUUCUGGGAAGUCGUCUGCGCCGAGCACGGCAUCGACCCCACGGGACGCUACACGGGAGACUCAGAUCUCCAGCUCGAGCGCAUCAACGUCUACUACAACGAAGCCAGCUGCGGAAGAUUCGUCCCUCGCGCAGUUCUCAUGGAUCUGGAGCCAGGAACGAUGGACAGUCUCAGAUCUGGACCUUACGGCCAAACCUUCCGUCCCGAUAACUUCGUAUUUGGCCAGUCCGGUGCGGGUAACAACUGGGCGAAGGGGCAUUACACUGAGGGAGCUGAGCUUAUUGAUUCGGUGCUUGAUGUUGUGAGGAAGGAGGCUGAGAACUGUGAUUGCCUCCAAGGGUUUCAGGUGUGUCAUUCGUUGGGAGGAGGAACAGGAUCUGGGAUGGGGACGUUGUUGAUAUCGAAGAUAAGGGAGGAGUAUCCAGAUCGUAUGAUGUUGACGUUCUCUGUGUUUCCUUCGCCUAAGGUUUCGGAUACUGUGGUUGAGCCUUAUAAUGCGACUUUGUCUGUUCAUCAGCUUGUGGAGAAUGCUGAUGAGUGUAUGGUUCUUGACAACGAGGCAUUGUAUGAUAUUUGCUUCAGGACUCUCAAACUCACCACCCCCAGCUUCUGUGAUAUCCCACCAACUGGUCUGAAGAUGGCUUCCACUUUCAUUGGGAACUCAACAUCGAUCCAAGAGAUGUUUAGGCGUGUGAGUGAGCAGUUUACUGCUAUGUUCAGGAGGAAGGCUUUCUUGCAUUGGUACACUGGUGAAGGCAUGGACGAGAUGGAAUUCACAGAGGCAGAGAGUAACAUGAAUGAUCUUGUGUCAGAGUACCAGCAAUACCAAGACGCAACGGCAGAUGAAGAAGGUGAGUACGAGGACGAGGAAGAGGGAGAAUACCAACAGGAGGAGGAGUACUGA